UAUAUACCACCCCCCACCCCCCCACCUCUUCCUCCUCUUUCAUCAUCACCACCUUUCAAUUAUUUCUUUUUUUCUUCAACAUAUAUAAAUAUUUAUUCAAAUUAAAUAUGAGCACAGGAAAAGCCCUGCAUUUGGCGUUUGGAGUUUUUGGAAAUGCAACUGGUUUGUUUCUGUUCUUGUCCCCAGCGGUUACAUUCAAGAGGAUUGUCGCGAAAAAAUCGACUCAACAGUUCUCCGGCAUACCCUAUGUCAUGACCUUGCUCAACUGCUUGCUUGCAGCCUGGUACGGUCUGCCGUUUAUAUCAAAGAACAACUUUCUAGUGUCUGCCAUCAACGGCACCGGGGCAGUGAUCGAGUCGGUUUACGUGCUGAUUUUUCUCAUAUAUGCAGCUAAGAAGGAGAAGGGCAAGAUCGCGGGGCUUCUCCUUUGCAUUCUUGCUAUUUUUGCGACUAUCGCUUUGGUGUCGGUUCUCGCCUUUACGAGCAUGGCGAGGAGGCAGUUGCUUUGUGGGUUUGCAGCCACUGUGUUCUCCAUUAUCAUGUAUGCCUCGCCGUUGUCCGUCAUGAGGAUGGUGAUCAAGACGAAGAGUGUGGAGUAUAUGCCGUUCCUGUUGUCGCUCUUUGUAUUCCUGUGUGGUACUUCCUGGUUUAUCUAUGGCCUCAUCGGCAACGACAAGUUUCUUUAUAUUCCAAAUGGAUUUGGGUGUGUAUUAGGAGCAAUGCAGCUGAUUUUAUAUGCUAUUUACCGCAACAACAAAGGUGAUGAUGCUAAGAAACCUGCGUCCCCCACAGAGGGAAGCCUGGAAAUGGGUGUUGCCAUUGCCAUUGCCAAUGGCAAGCCUCACCACCAGAACCAACCCACUUAUUUUCCUAAUGACAACCCUAAUUAUUAAUUAAUUAAUUUCCAUUAAGAAAAUUAAUUUAUCCUUUUUCUUUUUAUUUUGGACUUUUUGUGUGUAAUGGCAAGUGUAGAUCAUCUUGUUAAGAUGAGGGUUCUAACGAAUUGGGACGAGUCGAUGGUCCGUUCAGGUAUCUGUAUCAACUUAUAUUAUUAAUUUAUGUUGUUGGGCAUAAAGACGAAAAUAAAUGUUUUAUAAUUUC